AGUAACGAUAUAAUUUAUUCCGCCUAGGAAUCAAGGAAGAAUGACCCUCUGAUGGUCCUUGCUCCUGCAACAGAAACUAGUACAAGUCAAACACGAUGUCCCCAUCACUCUUUGGCAGCUAGCCACUCACAUAUGGACAUCACAGGAUCAAGAUAGCACAUCAAGCAACAUAGUUACCACACCAACAGAUAUGGACAUGCAGUCAGCAACGACCUUGCUCCUGCUAUCCGCCUCCAUAUUCAUCUCCAUCCCAGCGGCUGCAGAAGCCGACGACCAGGCCACACUGCUCGCAUUCAAGGCCGCGGCAACUCGCGGUGGCCAUGGCAACGCACUUGCUUCGUGGAACAGCAGCAGCGCCGGCGGGUUCUGCAGCUGGGAGGGUGUUACCUGCGGGAGCAGGCACCGGAGAGUGGUGGCGCUGAGCCUGCGUUCCCACGGGCUCACCGGCGUCCUCUCGCCGGUGAUCGGGAACCUGUCAUUCCUCAGGACUCUCAACCUGAGCAAGAACGGGUUCAACGGGAACGUUCCCGCGAGCCUUGGCCGUUUGCGCCACCUGCAGGCCCUCAACUUGAGCUACAACGCCUUCUCCGGUGAGCUCCCAGCCAACCUGUCCUCAUGCACUAGUUUAACGAUCAUGGCCCUCCAGUCCAACCAUCUCCAAGGGUACAUACCUCCCGAGCUCGGUGACAAUCUAGCACGCCUCACGAGGCUCCAACUGCGGGAAAACAACCUGAUUGGAACCAUUCCAGCAUCACUUGGCAACUUGUCGUCACUGCGUAUGCUGGACCUCGCAUCCAACCAGUUCGACGGCGCCAUCCCUCCCAGUCUUGGUAGCAUCCUCGGCCUCCAGUAUCUUAAUCUCGCCUUCAACAACCUCUCCGGCGAGUUCCCCAACUCAUUGUACAACUUGUCUUCGUUGCAAGUGUUGGAAACUCUAUCCAACGUGCUCGAGGGAAGCAUUCCUGCAGACAUCGGAAGUAGAUUCCCCAAGAUGUGGUUACUUACCUUUGCUCAUAACAGGUUCACCGGAACCAUCCCAUCUUCGUUCUCCAACCUCACUUCUCUCCAAGGACUAGACCUCUCUGUAAACAUGCUCAGUGGAUAUUUGCCUCCCACACUUGGUAGGCUACCAGCUCUGCAAGGUCUAUACUUGUACGGCAACAUGUUGGAAACAGACAAAAUGCAGCUACGGGAAUUCAUUACUUCGUUGUCAAACUGUAGUCAACUCCGGCUAUUAAUGCUCAAUGACAAUGCCGGUCUCGCUGGGCAGCUGCCAAGUUCAGUAGUGAAUCUCUCAACAAGCCUCCAAGUUCUCCGCUUCGAUUUCACAAGUAUCUCGGGGACAAUUCCCUCAGCCAUCAGCAAUUUGGUCAACCUCCGAAUCUUCAUUGCAGGGGCUACUUCCAUAUCUGGAUUAAUUCCAAAGAGCAUUGGAGAACUGACAAACUUGGGAUGGCUAGGUUUGCACCAAACUAACUUGUCGGGUCGAAUACCUUCAUCUAUUGGAAAUCUCUCAAAUUUAGUUAGCCUUCUUGCCCACGACAGCAAUCUGGAGGGACCAAUUCCAGCAAGCAUAGUGAACAUGACUAAUUUAUUGAAACUCGAUCUAGCAAUGAACCGUCUGAAUGGUUCGCUUCCCAAAGAGAUUUUCAAAUUACCAGUAAUCUCUAUUUACUUAAACCUGUCAUACAAUUCACUAUCAGGAUCACUCCCCUCUGAAGUUGGUAGCUUUGGAAACCUUAACAGCCUGGUUCUCUCCGGAAACCAAUUUUCCGGUGAGAUACCAAAUACUAUUGGGGGAUGCAUUGUGCUUCAACAACUUAGAUUGGACAAUAACUUAUUUGAAGGAAGCAUACCUCAAUCUCUCAACAAUAUAAAGGGCCUGAGCGAACUCAACCUAUCAUUGAAUAGGUUGUCUGGUUCUAUUCCUAAUGCCAUUGGAAGCAUAUAUAACGUACAACAGUUGUAUCUAGCAUACAACAAUUUGUCAGGGCCGAUACCUUCAGUUCUGCAAAAUUUGACAUCAUUAUCAAGGUUGGACCUGUCCUUUAACAAUCUGGAAGGGGAAGUGCCAAAAGAUGGCAUUUUUAGAAACUUGACCAACCUGUCGAUUUCUGGAAACAAUGAACUUUGUGGUGGAAUACCUCAGCUUCAUUUAGCACCAUGCAAAAUGGACUCUGUGAAAAAGAAUAGAGAAGGGCGGUCAAAGUCUCUAACAAUAGCUCUGACAACUAUUGGUGCGAUCUUUUUCUUAACUUUGGUUACAGUUUCAAUUCAGAUCAUCUCUAAGAAACUUAGACGAAAGCAACAGAGCCCAUUCCAACCACCAAUAGUUGAUGAACAGUAUGAAAGAGUUUCUUAUCAAGCAAUAGCAAAUGGAACCAAUGGUUUUUCAGAAGCCAAUUUGCUAGGUAAAGGAAGUUUUGGCAUGGUCUAUAAAUGCACUUUCCAAGAUGAGGGAACUAUUGCUGCAGUGAAGGUUUUUAACCUUGAGCAAUCCGGAUCUACUAGAAGUUUUGUGGCUGAAUGUGAAGCGCUUAGAAGGGUGCGGCACCGUAGUCUCAUAAAGAUCAUUACAUGCUGCUCAAGCAUCAAUCACCAAGGCCAAGAGUUCAAGGCUCUAGUUUUCGAGUUUAUGCCAAAUGGUAGCUUAAGUGAUUGGCUUCAUAAAAAAUCUGGCAUGCCUACAGUGACCAAUACUCUCAACCUAGCACAAAGGCUCGAUAUUUCUGUUGAUAUCAUGGAUGCUUUGGAUUAUCUUCACAAUCACUGCCAGCCAUCAAUCAUUCAUUGCGAUCUCAAGCCAAGCAACAUCCUUCUUGCAGAAGACAUGAGUGCCAGAGUUGGAGACUUCGGCAUAUCAAGAAUCCUUCCCAAAAGAGCAAGUCAAACCCUACAAAAUUCAAACAGCACAAUUGGAAUAAGAGGCUCUAUUGGUUAUGUUGCUCCAGAGUACGGUGAAGGUUCUUCUGUUUCAGGUCUUGGAGAUGUUUAUAGCCUCGGCAUAUUGCUGCUUGAGAUGUUUACAGGAAGGAGCCCAACUGAUGACAUAUUCAGAGGGUCACUGGAUCUGCAUAAGUUUUCAGAGGAUGCUCUUCCAGAUCGAAUCUGGGAGAUAGUUGACACAAAAAUGUGGUUGCAUACAGAUGCCUGUGACGAAACCACAAGAAAUAGAAUUGAAAAUUGCUUGGUUGCUAUCGUUGCUCUCGGAAUAUCCUGCUCAAAGAAACAACCAAGAGAGAGGAUAUCGAUACAAGAUGCGGUCACUGAGAUGCAUGCUAUCAGAGAUUCAUACCUUAUGUUUGGCAGACCUUUGCGGUAGAACAUGGAGUAGUAGCAACAAUUCUGCGGUAAUU